AUGCCUCCGCACUCGGUGUUUGAGUGGAUUGUCGGGCAGAACCUGCCUAAAGGGAAGAAGAAACAGUCAUCUCGAAGGGAAUCCAUCAGAAUCGAAUUGUCCACCGACGACGAGACCGAUACCGACUCCAUCACGAUCACGUACCCGCGCAACAGGUCCUCGAAGAAAAGCAAGAAGCACAGCCAGCCCAAACCAGCCGAUCCACCGCAGGAAAAAAGAGUCAGUUUCAAAGACAAGCCUCUCAAGUCUGCCUUGAAGAAGGCUCGCGAGCCGGAAUCAUCCGACCCGUCCUCGGACGCAUCCUCGGAGUCUUCACCGAAGGAUUCCAGCGCUGAAGAUUCCGGCGCUGAGGUCAGUGAUGAUGAGAGUAGCGAAGAGCCCGGGCCAAAACUCAAGCCCAAGAGGGUCAAGGAGAGGGCGAAGAAGCCGGGGCCAACGGGCAGCUCGGCAAGCAGCGGCAAUGGCGACUCCGAGCCCGAGACGAAGAAGCAUCACAAUUGCUCUUGUGCAUGCUGCGUAGCCGGGUUUGUGCUGCUGCAGAAGAUAGAGGAGCUUACGAAGAACGGCAAGAGCGGCGAGGUUGCGCCAGAAGGGCAAGAGAAGUCAAGUCCCAAGAAAGAUGGCAAGGAGAAGAAGGGUGAGGAGAAGAGCAAUGGAAAGGAGGACAAAUGUGAGGAUAAAGGCAACGUGAAGGCCGCUCAGAACAAAAAGCGCGCCAAAAAAGAGGAGACCGAGACAGAAGCUGAAACCGACACCACUGCCGGUGCCACGGUUUCUGCCGCCGAGACGCCUACUGAGUCCGAGCCGGAGGCGUCAAAGCAGAACAAGAAGAAAAACAAGAAGAAGAGCAACGCUUUCUCGGAAGUUGAAACGGCCACGGAGUCCGAAGCCGAGCCGCCCAAAGGGGCGAAAGACAACAAAAAGAACGGCGUUAGUGAAAAGAACGAGGAAAAGCCAAAGAAGGAUGGCACGGCGAAGAACGGAGAGAAGGCCGAGGAGAGUAAAGAUGAGGGCGAGAAGCUGGACGACGGAAGCAAGACAAAGGGCAACAAGGAGACGGCGUCCAAGAAGGGCGAUACUCUCGACAAGAAGAAGGCCGAGUCAUCUGACCAUCCCAACCUCAUCAUGCCUGUCCGCGAGCGCAACCUCAAGAUGGAGCAUGUGGUCGAGGACCCAACCCGGGACGCGCCUCCUAACGCCUAUUUUGACAACGCCAAGAACACCUGCCGAGUCUACCACGGUCCGUACUGGGGCUACCCUUAUGGUCAUGCCUACCCACCCGCUACGGGAGCGCCGCCCUAUCCAGGCCCCGGUUGGAUGCCUGUGCCAGAGCCGCACACCACGCAGGGUCGUCGAGUGAGUGGGCCGCAGAUCCCCCCGGGCUUCCCGCCGCCCCCUCAUCUUCACACGCCGUAUCCGGCUUGGCCCCAGCCCUAUGGACCAUUCCCGCCGCCGGUGCCACCCCCGUAUGGCAGCCGACCGGUUGGCGUCUCGGGCAUACCCGGCAGCCCUACCACUGAAGCCCUCCGACGCGAAGGCUUCCGCCUCAGCCCGCUCUUUAGUAACAAUGCAAAGGACAAUGACAAAGAGCGCCGCCAAUCCAAGUCUGGGGACGGAAAUAAACGGCCGCCUGACGAGCACAAGUGGUCCAUAGGGACCGGCGUGCAAUGGAAGACUCCCCCGACCAGCUGGGUCAAGCUUCCCAGCAACAAGAGCAAGAGCAGGAACGGUGGUUCUACCUCUGGCAAUCAGAACAACAAUGGCGGUAACGACAACAAGAGCGACAAUGGCAACGCUGGGGGCGCCAGCGGCAACGACAACUCCAAUAACGACAACAAUUGGGGCGGCGAUAACAACAACAAUAACAACUCCUCUUGGGAUAACAACAACAACAACAAUAACAAUAACAGAAAUGCUGAUAACAACAAAAAUUCCGCUUGGGGCAACAACGACAACGGCAACGAUAACAACAACUCCUGGGGAAACGACAACAACGAGGACAACAACAACAACAACGAUAACAACUCCAACAAACUCAAAACCCCUUCCCCUAACACCCGGCCCGACCCGACAAGCAGCAUGCCCGGCAGCUGGACCUCGCCAGCCAGCAAGCCCAACAUUGAGUGGAAGGGCGAGGGCGACACGAGCUGGGGCGAUCCGUCUGCGGCUCAGUCCGGCGAUUCGGGUUGGUGA